CCCCUCACCCAGGCAACACACCCUCUCACCCCGACCGGGCCCCAAACCCUCUAGGAGGGCAGGCACUGGGGGAGGGCGCCGGGACGUGCCCUAGGGUGACACUCGGGGUAGGACAGGGCGUGCUGCCGCGGGUCACGUGCUGCGGAGGCUCGGGGAGGGGCGGCGAGGCGGGGUUUAUAGUCCGGGCGCCCGCGGGCCCCACGCUUUGACCGGGUGGUGGCAGCCGGAGUCGCCUUAGGGACGCGCCUGCUCUCCGCCUUUCGCUGCAGUCCGUCGAUUUCUUUCUCCAGGAAGAAAAAUGGCAUCCGUUGCAGUUGAUCCACAACCGAGUGUGGUGACUCGGGUGAUCAACCUGCCCUUGGUGAGCUCCACGUAUGACCUCAUGUCCUCAGCCUAUCUCAGUACAAAGGACCAAUAUCCCUACCUGAAGUCUGUGUGUGAGAUGGCAGAGAAGGGCGUGAAGACCAUCACUUCCGUGGCCAUGACCAGUGCUCUGCCCAUCAUCCAGAAGCUAGAGCCGCAAAUUGCAGUUGCCAAUAUCUAUGCCUGUAAGGGGCUAGACAGGAUUGAGGAGAGACUGCCUAUUCUGAAUCAGCCAUCAACUCAGAUUGUUGCCAAUGCCAAAGGUGCCGUGACUGGGGCAAAAGAUGCUGUGACGACCACCGUGACUGGGGAUGAUUCUGUGGCCAGCACGAUCACAGUGAUGGACAAGACCAAAGGGGCAGUGAGCAGUGUGGAGAAGACCAAGUCUGUGGUCAGUGGCAUUAAUACAGUACUGGGGAGUCGGAUGAUGCAGCUCGUGAACAGUGGCGUAGAAAAUGCACUCACCAAACCGAGCUGGUAGAACAGCAAUCUCCUCCUCACUGAGGAAGAACUAGAGCAAGACGCUCAAAAAGCUGAAGGAUUUGAUCUGGUUCGGUAGCCUUAUUAUGUUAGACUGGGAUCCCUAUCUACCAAGCCGGCCCUGGCCUACCAGCAGGCUCUCAGCAGCAGCAGCUUUUACAAAAAGCUGAGAUCAUUGGGGCUCCAUUCCACCGUUCACCUGAUUGAAUUUGCUAGGAAGAAUGUGCAUAGUGCCAAUCAGAAAAUUCAGGAUGCUCAGGAUAAGCUCUACAUCUCAUGGGUGGAGUGGAAAAGGAGCAGAUACGAUGACAUUGAUGAGUCCCACUGUGCUGAGCACAUUGAGUCAAUGUGAUUUGAAAUUGCCCGCAACCUGACUCAGCAGCUCCAGACCACGUGCCACAACCUCCUGUCCAACAUCCAUGCUCCGCAGAACAUCCAAGAUCAGGCCAAGCACAUGGGGAUGGCAGGCGACAUCUACUCAGUGUUCCGCAGUGCCGCCUCCUUUUUAAGGAAGUGUCUGACAGCCUCCCUCACUUCUAGCAUGGGCAGCUGCAGAAAAAUGAAGGAAUCUUUAGAUGAUGUGAUGGAUUAUCUUGUUAACAACACGCCCCUCAACUGGCUGGUAGGUCCCUUUUCUCUGUUGACUGAGUCUCAGAAUGCAGACCAAGGUGCAGAGAUGGACAAGAGCAGCCAGGAGACUCCAUGAUCUGAGCACAAAACUCAUUAA